GAGAGCAAGAAGGUCGGACGUUAUUCUUCUCACAUCGUUGCGUUUGCAUGCACCCACAUGCGCGUGAACACGCAAGCUUUGGCUUGUUAUAGGCUUAUAAAAAAACUUUUACAGCUUUUUCUGCACAUACCGGAGAAGAACACAGAGAGAGAAAGAGAGAGACAGAGCAUGCAGAAGAACUUGUACUAGUUCUCAAAAAUGGACAAGCAACAAGGAACUCCACAGGACCCGGUAGGCGAUUUGUCACCCUGCCUGACAUCUGUCAUGCAACCAUACCCUUGUUCUCCAACGACAAGCCGCAAACCACGUGCUGACUCUCAAAUAUUCUCCCAGAAACAGCUGUCCUGCUGGAUGGAGGCGCUGGAGAAGGAGUGCAGUCGGACUGAAGCUCAUAUGGCAUCUCUGAAAAAGCGCCAAGCCAACCUGAGUACGACCGCGGAGAUGAUGGAGCAGCAAGUACGUGAGCGAUUCGAGGCCAUGCGUGUCGCUCUGGAGAAGGAACAAAAGGCCGUUCUGGAUUCGCUAGAACAAGAGCACAGGGAGAACAGCAGCAAGCUGACACGUCUCCUGCACGACUGGAACCAGCACCUGAAACUGGUGCGCAAACACAUCGGCACCGUCAGGACGCUGCAGGAGCGAGGAUCUGAGGGCCAGCUAAAGCAGGUUUCUCCAGACGAUUUCAGCUGCCGUAAAAAGCAGGAUGCAGCCGAACUGAACAUCAGGCUGAACGACGAAAAGUUCCAGAAGCUCAUGAAGAUUUUGGGAAAGAUCUCAAAAGAUUUGCAAGUCCAGCUCCAGAAAAAAAGUUUGCUGCUCGACUCCACUGAGGUGAUGAUUGACAGGACAGCCAGCCACAAACACAUCAGAGUAACUUCGAAUGGGCGUGGCUUUUAUAUCUGGCCAGCUGAUGACAGCUCAAGUCCAAGCCACCCUCUGCAGUUUGAUCAGACCUGUUGUGCCCUGGGGUCACCCGCUAUAAGCUCGGGUCAGAGUUACUGGGAAGUAAACGUUCACUGCUGCCCUUCCUGGGCUGUGGGCGUAGCUUACGGCAGCCUGUCCAGGAAAGGGCAGGACAAAAGAACAAAACUGGGCCGGAACCGAAUCUCGUGGUGUUUGGAAUUUCGAGACGAGCGUCUUUCGGCAUGGCACAAUGACCGCCACUUGGUGCUGCCCACUAAGACGGCACCGGACAAAGUCGGUGUGUUCGUGAACUACCACAAAGGUCGUAUCGCGUUUUAUGACGCGGACACUAUGAAGAUGCUGCUGGAUUUCUCGACAAGCUGCACGACCGUGUUUGAAAGGGCGCACCAUCAGUUCACUGAGCCCAUGUUUCCUGCGUUUCGAUUUUUCAAAGCCAGAGAACGACACGCUGUUCCAGAUCAUAUGGAGAUCUGUGAGCUUGGUAUUGAACGCAUUGUCCUGCAGUAAUACACAUUUUAUCCUGCAGAAUUUAGUCUCUUUUUUUUCCUGCUAGAACUUUCUUUUCCAAAUUUCUACAUUGACACCUUUACUAGAUAUGCUACAGUUUUCAGUUCUUACCUGAAAUCAAUAUCCAGUAAUAAACUCUUCAUGG